GAAGAGGAAAAAAAGAAGAAGAACACCAGCACCAGAUCGCGUCCAAUCGGAGCUCCAGCGUUCUUGCUCUAUUCUUUGUCUCUUCGUCCACCCAGUCGUUGAAGAUCAGAUCGUCCACCAGCACCAGAUCGCCCACCCAGAUCGCUCUGUUCUUCUUCCUUCUUCUCCAACAAAAUCAUCUUCUUCGGCGCUGCGUUCUUCAGGUUUUGUUUUUUUUCAAGUCCGACAAAAAUCGAGUUUGUAAGACUCGGAUUUGGUUUUUAGAACUCGAGUCUUAUAGACUCGAGAUCUAUGGGGCUAAAUCAGCACGGUUUUUAGAACUCGAGUCUUAUAGACUCGAGAUCUAUGUGGCUAAAUCAGCACACGGCAGUAGUAAAACUGGAGUUUGAAAGCGAUGAUUUUCGUCAUCGAUCUCGAGUUUUAGAAACUCAAGAUGCUAUUUUCCAUAAUCCUUUCAAACAAUAGUUAACUUACUAUAUACAACCCCUUCACACUAUUAGUCAACAAAUUCCCCCAUUUUUACUGCAUUCCUUAUUUCUUAGGUUGUCUCAUGAAGAGAAAUUAGUGCUCAAAGUCAUAAUAUCCAAGUACUAAGUGUUGAGGGUUAGCAAAAAAAAAGUACUAUAUGUUGAACAUUUUUGUCUGUCUUCUUUUUUGUGAUUAGAAAUGCAACUUGAUAAUUUGUGUUACCUAAGUUAACAAUAUCUAUUUGAAUUUGUGAACAUAAUAAUCUUAGUCAUAACUCAUAGGUUGCUCUUUUGUCAUUUGCUGUUGGACAUGUAUAUACUAAUAUGAUAGCCUCUUUGUGCAGUUUUUCUCCUCUAUCAUAUGCAACUCUUUUUAUCUUGUAAUCAUUUUACAAAGGAAGAAGUACUGAUGUCUUUCCUCUUUGCUUUCAAACAAGCUUGCAUUUUUGUUUCCUCAAAAUGUAGUUAUGGUUAAUUUUGUUUAAGUUUUACAAAUAAAUAGUGUUUUAUAUUGCUUUGCAGUGUGAGUGAAGAAACUUCAUAAAUUCCUUUUCUGACUGUUCAGAAAGCAUAUCUAAUUUCAAAAUUAAUGAGACGAUGCUAUGGGAACCUCUAGCAGUCCAAGGCUUUCUGGAAUGCAGAAGCAAGUAUUAAGUCUAUAUAGAGGGUUUUUGUGAGCAGAUCAUUCCAAAUCUGCUGAAGAUCGACAUAAGAUUGAAUCAAUUGGGUCAGCUGAGUUCUGUUGUAAUUCCAAGCAAGUAGAUCGGAAAAAUUUCCUCUACAUCGUGUAUUUAUUUCUCCGAGGUAAGAAACAGUUGGAUCAGCUUAAGAGUCCUGAUUUAAUUGGGUUGUCGUCGUUAAAUGCCAGUGUCUUUGAAACCAUAAAUCCUAAGCCUUGA